ACUUCGUCGGUUCGUCCACUUUGUCCUCGCUUGUCGGCACUGCCUCAUCUCGUUCCUCAUUUUUUACCAAUAAUUAAUAGUUCAUACAAUCAACAAUAAAUAUGACUGAUAACAAGGAGAGAACCUUCAUCAUGAUCAAGCCUGACGGUGUCCAACGAGGACUCGUUGGCAAGAUCAUCCAGCGUUUUGAAGACAAAGGCUUCAAGCUGGUUGCCAUGAAAAUGGUUUGGCCAUCUGAGGAGCUCCUGAAGAAGCACUACGCUGACCUUGCAGCUCGUCCCUUCUUCCCAGGUUUAGUGAAGUACAUGAGCUCUGGCCCAGUUGUCCCAAUGGUCUGGGAGGGACUUAACGCGGUUAAGACUGGUCGCGUAAUGCUCGGAGAGACGAAUCCCAAGGAUUCCGCCCCAGGCACCAUCCGUGGUGACUUCUGCAUCCAGGUUGGCAGGAAUAUUAUCCACGGAUCAGAUUCCGUUGACUCUGCCAAGCACGAGAUUGGAUUGUGGUUCGGCGAGGACAAGAAGAGCGAUGUUAUUGAUUGGGCUUCCUGGGCUGAGAAGUGGAUUUACGAAUAAAUACAUUUCCAGUCAUGCUAUUAAUAUUCUGAUGACAUUUGAUAUAUUAAGAAUUGAAUAAAUAUAAUUCUUCUUUUUUAAGUGUAAA